AAUCGCUUGUGUAUUUGUCUCCACGAUUGACCCAUUGGCUUCGUCGUCCCCCUGCAGGCAGGGGGCUCUGAUCAACGCCACUGAAGAAGAAGCAGUAGAAGCCCUUACACCCAAUGGACUUCCACCGGAAUCCCUCCCUCAACAACCGCCAUUCCUCCUCCCCCUCCUCCUCCUCCUCCUCCACCACCGCUGCUCACAAUCCCUCCGCUUCCGUCUCUGCCACCACCGCUACCGCCACCGCCGACAGCGACCCUAUGCACUCCUGGUGGGAGUCCGUUUCCAAAGCUCGCUCUCGUAUCCAUGCCCUUUCCUCUAUCCUUCCCCCUCAUUCCGAUUCUUUUUUCCUCUCCUCCGUCGCCGAUUCCGACCGCCCGGCCCUCUCUCUUCUAUCAUCUCAUGAUGCCUACUUCGCUAUCUCCUCUGCCCUCUCCUCCUCCGCCGCUGGAUCUGGUUCUGACCCUCUUUGCCACUGGCUUUACGAUACUUUUCUCUCUUCCGAUCCCCAUCUCCGCCUUGUUGUUCUUUCUUUCCUUCCUCUUCUUUCCUCCUUAUACCUUUCUCGAGUCCAUUCUACUUCCUCCGAUUCCCCUUCUCUCCCUUCCCUCGCUGGCUUUGAGGCUGUACUUCUCGCGCUUUAUUCCUCUGAGGUUAAGUCUCGGGCUGGGAAGCCUGUUUUGGUAUCGAUUCCUGAUCUUUCGCAGCCUUCUCUCUACCAUUCUCCUCGGAAUAAGCCCGAUUCUGUUGCCCAAGCUCAAUCCAGGCCGUCUGUUGGGGUUCUUUCCCCUUCACUUGAACCACAGAACGCGGUGAAGUCAACCAAAAGAGCUUGCAUUGUUGGCGUUGCUCUUGAUUGCUAUUAUAAGCAGAUCUCGCAUAUGCCGAGCUGGUCGAAGCUUGAAUUCUGCCGAUCUGCGGCGUCAUGGGCUGGGCAAGAUUGUUGCUGCAAGAGAGAGUUUGAUAAAGAGGAUGAUUUGGAAAUUAGUGGGUUUUCGGAGAAAAGGGCGUUGGAGUUUGAGGAUGAGAUAGAAGAUGUUUCAGAAGAAAUGGGUAAACUACAAAUUGAGAAACAUGGGAGCAAUUCAGAUGAUCCAGAACCUAAGAGGUUCAGAAUUCCGCUGCCGUGGGAGCUUUUGCAGCCAGUGCUUAGAAUUUUAGGACAUUGUUUACUGGCUCCUUUGAAUUCGCAAGAUGUCAAGGAUGCAGCUUCAGUUGCUGUCAGGUGUUUAUAUGCGAGGGCAUCUCAUGAUUUGGUACCGCAGGUAAUAUUGGCAACUCGCAGUCUCAUUCAACUUGACAACAGAGCUCGUGCGGCUGCAAAGGCUGCAGCAUCAGCAAAUUCUUCUUCUAAUGCUAAUACACCCAGCAAAGAUAAGAAACCAGAAAUCCUAUUAGUCUCAAAGUAAAAGAUCUGAAUGUCAUUUGGUGGGCAGGUAACAUGUUGUAUAGUGAAUCUGAAGCGGUUGAACUUUACUUUGUUUAGGUUAAUUCUGUAUGGAUGUCUGUAUUCUUAUAUGAUGGUUCAAUCUCUCACCAAAUUACAAGCCUGCUGAGUUGUACUUUAUAGGGCUUUAUAGUACUUGUGUUUUGUGGCUGAGUAGACCUCUUUGGUUAGAAUUUCAUGUGCUUGCUUAUACAUGGAGGGUGAUUUUUUUGUUACAGUUGGUGUGUAUCGUCAAGGCUAUAAAAAACUCAAGUUUUAUACGUU